AAAACACAAAAGGAAAGAAAUACAUGCAUAUAUAUAUUGAGAGAUACUAUGUGGUAAAGAAAAGAAGCAUUGCUUCUUCUUGAUCGGCCGGGCACUAUAGCUUCGAGGGAAUCGAAGAAUAACAAGCGAAGCAUAUUCUCUUCACUAAGUCUUGUGUGAAAAGAUCAAACAGUUUCCAUGCUCAGAUGGAAAGAUUGAAUCAAAAUUCUGGAUUCGCCACUGCUUUUGCUUCUGAGGUGCCAGAGUUCUCUCAGCAGCAGCAAGCCAAUUUGUGGCCUGUUGAUGCCAUGAUCAGCAGGAUAGGUUCAACUGCUGCUGCUUUCUACGCGACCGAGGCCCACAUGGGCUUAUCACGGUACGAUCUUCAAGAAAACGCAGCCAACUACGAUCAAUUUGGGAGGAGCAUCAUUCCACAAACUCAAAUGCCAACAGUUUUUAGGGCUAACGACCUUUCCCAAAAUGAACACCUCUUGUUCAUUGAGGAGAAGCUACUAGGCGAGGUUGAUGACACGAACACGAUAAGGCAGUCUCCCCCUUUCAACCCAAUUCAUCGUGUUCAUGCCUCAGAGAAUGUUGCCAUGUCUCACUUUGCCAACAUGAAUCCGUUCGGACAGCAACCUGCAGCAACUCCUAACGCUGUGGCAUCGAGCAAGAUGAGGAUUAGGUGGAGUCAAGAUCUACAUGAACGAUUCGUUGAUUGUGUAAAUCGACUUGGUGGUGCUGACAAGGCGAGGCCGAAGGCUAUACUGCAGCUUAUGGACACAGAGGGGCUCACCAUUUUUCAUGUCAAAAGCCAUCUGCAGAAAUAUCGGAAUGUGAAAUACGUGCCAGAAUCAUCGGAUGGUACAGGAAGACCAGACAAAAGGACUAAUAUUGCAAACAACGUAGCUCAAAUCGACAUUGAGACUGGGAUGCAAAUCAAAGAGGCGCUGCAGCUGCAGCUUGACGUCCAGAUGCGCCUACACGAGCAACUAGAGAUUCAAAGAAAUUUGCAGCAUAGCAUUGAAGAGCAAGGCAAGAAGCUGAAGAUGAUGCUCGAUCAACAGCAGAAGACUGCGGAAAGCCUCAUCGAAAAAUCCAACAGCAAAUCAUCUACAACACUAGUAGAAGAUCCAGAGGUUUCAGAAGGGUCUGAAAUUGACAAUGGUUUCCCAAUCAAGAUAAACUAGCCUUAACAACAUAUCAGUUUCUUACUAUGGAAUCAAAUGUUUUGUUUUUGUUUUAUUUAAACGUAGCUCACUUGUUACAUAGUUGAAUAAAUCUCUUUUCAAGAAACUUUCAUUAAGUUGAAAGCUUCAAAAAAUUUACCAGUGUUAAAUCCAUUGCAAAUAACAAGUUUGAGUAGUGAAUUGAUAUUUUGAGGAGCUGGUCGA